AUGAAUAGUGCACGUAGAGACCAAAAAAGACCAUUUGGCGGACGGCCACAAGGCCGAGGACCAAGUAGACCGCAAGGACGGCCCAUGGGCAAACCUGGUCAGAACAAAGCCAAACAAGUAAUUCUUCAACCACAUCCAAGGUUCCCAGGCGUAUUUAUCAGUCGCGGCAAAGAAGAGACUCUGGCUACUAAGAACAUGGUGCCCGGCGUAUCAGUUUAUGGCGAGAAAAGAAUUCUAGCCGGUCCAGAGGAUAAGAAGGUCGAGUAUCGUGCCUGGAACCCUUUUAGAAGUAAGAUCGCAGCAGGUAUUCUUGGGGGUAUAGAAAACAUUCAUAUUAAGCCUGGCAGUCGAGUCUUGUACCUUGGUGCUGCUUCAGGAACAAGUGUGUCUCACGUAUCGGAUAUUGUGGGCCCAGAAGGUGUAGUUUAUGCCGUAGAGUUUAGUCAUCGAUCGGGCCGAGACUUACUGAGUCUAGCUAAGAAGAGAACUAACAUUGUGCCUAUUAUUGAAGAUGCACGGCUGCCACAGAGGUACCGUAUGCUAGUGCCAAUGGUAGAUAUGGUUUUUGCUGAUGUAGCUCAGCCGGACCAGGCGCGAAUUGUGGGGUUGAAUGCACAGUACUUCUUGAAAGAAGGUGGUGGAGUGGUUAUUUCUAUUAAGGCUAACUGCAUAGAUUCGAUUAAGGCGCCAGCUGAAGUGUUUGCUAAUGAGGUGGACAUCUUAAGGAAGCUGAAUAUUAAGCCAAAAGAGCAAGUAACUCUAGAGCCGUAUGAAAGAGACCAUGCCAUUGUGGUAGGUAUAUUCAGAGGCAAAUAG